AUGAUGUUGCUAUAUGAAGUCAAUUCCUAUCAAUCACAAGAUGUCGACGAUGACUAUGUCGAAUUAACACAAUUAAUAAAUAAUGAGAAUCAAAUUCGUCUACGAUGUGAUGCAAAAAGUCAAGAUUCAAUUGAAAGUUUAAUUCUUCUUAGCUGCCCGUUAAGUAAAACUGGAGUAUGCAGAGAAAACUGUAUAAAUCCAUGUCCAGUGAAUGAAUCAUCUGCAAUCUGCAAUGAAGCAGUGACACUUGCUAUUCCUAAAUGCAUUUAUCGAUCUAUGUCAAACAAUCAUAUUCAAAUAGAAUAUGUGAUACAGUUGAAUGCUAUUAAUGAGAAAGGAAUGUGGUGGUGUACAUUUCGUGGGAAACGUUCUAAUUCUGUUGAAUUGGACUCACACACUCCUGAAGAAAGAAAAACGGUGGCUACAAGCAAUGGAAAUAUCUAUUCGAAUAAUCUAGAAAUAAAUAACAAAUAUGAAAAUACGAUGGAUGGCAUCACGUACUUUGAUAUCUCACCCAACUUAAUACAACUGAUCAUUGGACUUGUUGGUGUCUCGGUUGCAUUCAAUAUUUUCUUUUUCAUUCGAUGUUAUGCUGUGAACAACUAUUUGAAGAAUCUUUAUAUUGGUCAUCCAAGAAAUAAUUGUCUAGAUCAGUUGUUGUGUAUUGACCAACCGAGGAAAUCAAAGCCAACAAAACAGAAAACAAGACUGAAUUAUCUUCAAAGUAUGAGUCCACCGGAAACACCUAAACUACCAUCAGUUAAACAAUCGGCCAUAACUGCAAAAACUAAUAGCAGCAAUACACAACAUUUAUCAUACUUCAAAUCUAUCCCACCAUCACCUGUUAUAUAUCCUUCAUCACAAACACAGUAUACAAAAGAUCCGUACACACAAAAUCAAUAUUAUCCUAAGAAUCCAUUUCAUACACCAACUGUUAACCAUAAAGCACCAUCAUUGGAAUUCAUCUAUGAUGAAGUUCAUAAUUCUGUGUAUACAACUUUGAAUAGUCAAACAAAUGACCAAGAGAAAAUUAAGCAAAAUACGAAACAGAAUGACAACUCAGUUGGGACAGUUUUUAAUGGGAGUCAUUGGCUUGUGGAUCCCUCCGGUCAAAUUUACGUUCCAUACGCACAAAUUACACCGAAACCUCGAAGAGUCUUAUUAAGCAAUGUUGAAUACUCUACACUGAGGAAAAGUGAUGUGACAACAAACCCUUUACUAUUGAAUCCUACAUUUGAAACAUUGAAAGAAAGAAAUCAUACCUUUGGCCAUCAAACUAUUUCAGAUACUCGUCACCUGCCUUUAAUUCCAAUACAAACGCAAAAUGUUAAUUAUCAUAUUAUUAAUGGCAACAUGUCGCCUAUUCCUAAUUUCUCUUCUGUUCAAAGUAAUACGCUUUCGAUUAGUCAACAUAAUCUUAUUCAGAAGACACCAGUGGAAAUUUCUGAAUUGCGUGAUGACAAAACAAUACUGAAGAAAGUACUAAUGAACAGUCAACUACUAAUCAAUGAUCAGUUAAUGAAUAAAAUAACCAAUCAUAAUCAUCAAAGUGGCAUAAAAAAUUCUGACCAAGAAAUAAAUAAUACCUUAGAUUCAACUAUGCCAAAAUAUUCAGUUAAACUACUUGCACGUAAAACAGGUCAACCGAAAAUAGACAAUACAUUGAAUAAUCACAACGGGAGUACAGCUGAGAAUUAUACCUUGUCUGGAGCUCAUAAGAUAGCUGAUCUAGAAGACUGGGCUAUGAUUGAUCAAGAUUAG